CGCUACCUAAGAGGAAUCGACAAAUCGACACAGCCAAAGCCGUCGUCGUCCUGCUUCCUCCUCCCCCGCAGUAGUCGCCGUCGCCGCCGCGCAAUCCCCAAUCCCUUGGUGUUCUUCCCCGCCUCUCGCCACCCAAAACCCUAACCCCCCUCUCUCACUCCACCCGUGCUGUGCACAUGGAAAUCCCCAAUCAGAUCAGCGGCGGCGGCGGCGGCGGAUCGGUUGUUAUAGAAAUCCCGGCCGCCACGGAGAUCGCCGGAGUGGAUACCGCGCCGGCAAAGGUAUGUGACGAUGAUCCCCGUGCUCAACCCCUCCGCGACCGCGAGUGGGUGUCGCAGCUGCCCCCGGACCACCCCCUACGCUACACCUGCGGCCUUCCGAACGGGGUCUUCCUCUCCAUGUCCUUCGUCACCAUCAUCUACGCCGUGAUUGCUCCAUGGAUGCUGUGGCGCGUUGCUACCGAUCAUGUGUCCCUCAUGUGGACAUCGUCGAUCCUCGCGUGUUCCUACGGCGCACUGUGGACUAUAGCCUUGUCCGAACGGCUAGCAGGUGCCUUCUUGGCUAUCAUCUUCCGCGUCUCCUAUGUUGCCUUGGUGGCCUUCGCGUCCACGCACCUGAUUGGUACCGCCAAUGGGAUCUCGAUCGUGUAUCUCGACACGUUCUACGUUGCUGGGAUGCUCGGGUACGCCGUCGCGGAGUAUCGUCUCCGUCGUGGUACCGAGCAAUGCCCUAGCGCCAUCUUAGCCGCCAAACCUCCUCCAUUGGAGGACCAAGAGCGAGGCGACGAGGAGGCCGGGCUCUACUACAUGGGCUUCUUGUUUGGUUCGGUAUCCCUCUGUUUGGUGGGGAGGAUGGCGUGGCUGCUUCUCUACCCCUGCGGCGGCAAGUGUCUCAUCUCUUACGUCAUCGAGGAGCUCUCGUUUGAGGCAUCAAUGCUGAUCUACAUAUGGGUUAUCUUUGUUUCCCUUACUCAGUUGGAAGGGGCUCUGGUCUGUUACAACACUCUGUUCUGCAAGAUGCCAAUUUGUUUUGGUGCAUGGUUCGUUCUUGGCGUGCUUCUUGGCGUACCUGUGAGUGGUGCUAUUGAGAUGCUAAUCUUUUGGAUUGGCACUAUGGCUCUGGCUGGAUUCUUUGGAUACUGUCUCGCGGUUCACGCAUAUUGCAAAAGGAAUCAGAAGACACCAGCUUAGAGAUUUGCGGGAGCUUUGAUGACCGUUUUGAGAAGCCAGGCUUUACUCUUUGUUGCUCUUAGAGACCAAAGAGCGAUUUUAAAGUAUGAUCAAGAUCUCAUUCUCUAGGUGUUUGGUUGAGUGCUCUUAGAGGCAGAGUAACGCCAAUGCCUAUUGUGUGUAGUAUUAACUUACAUUGUAUGGUAAAGUUUAUUGUAAAUGUUGCUGAUUGUGCAUAAUUGGAAGGUGGUGACUGGAUGAAGAAAUACACUGUGUUAGGUUCAGGACGAAAAAGGUUAAGGAUAUGCAGAAGUAGCAUAUCUGAUGCAGGCGUAUAUAUAUAUUGCAAUAUCCGUCUUUUGCA